AUGCUUAAAUUAAAGUCCCUAAACUACAGUACUAUUUUAGUUUUGCGGACUUUGAACCUGUUCUGUGCUUUGAACUUGAACCUUGAACUAAUCAAACCUGUGAUCAAACUUGCCAACGUAAUAUUAACCGCACAACCGGAUUUUUGCGAGGUAAUGCUGAUUUACAAAAUCAUAACUGGCACAAAAAUGAAGGCGACGCUGUAUGCUUUGAAGCCGGAUAAGCCGUGGGACGACAGAGGCACAGGCGACGUCUCCAUUUCGUAUGUUGAUCGUCUCAAAGGCAAGUGUUUACUAGUCCGAUCGGAGAGCGACGAUUCUCUACUACUCGAAAUAAAAAUCCAGCCUGACACUACCUAUCGAAAACAGGAAGAUACUCUGAUUGUGUGGCCAGGGGAAGACGAGUUUGAUCUCGCUUUGAGCUUCCAAGAGAAGGAAAAGUGUGAUGAAAUUUGGGAACAGAUUUCUGAGGUGCAAAAGAAAAAUCAUUCAGUUGAAAUUACCCAAGACACUGUAGAAAAAUCUAAAAGUGAGCGCCUUGUUGUGCUUCCUUUCGAACUACCAAGUUGUGAAAUUAGCAACUUGGAAGAUAUUAAUAAAUUAUUUGAAAAACAUUUGGCUUUUUUAGUAAUGAGAAUAAAUUCAAAUUCAAGUAUUAUAGAAACUAGUUAUCUUCGUAAAUUGAUAAAUGUGUUUCAUAUGUGUGAAGAUCUGAAUGAUAUUGAAGGCUUACAUCAUUUAUACAAUAUAUUUAAGAAAAUUUUUAUGAUUAAGGACAAUGCACUGUUAGAAGCUAUGCUUAGUGAUGAGUUGAUAUUUGGCGUUGUUGGUUGUUUAGAGUAUGAUCCGUCAUCUUCAACGCAGAACCAUUACAGGGAGGACCUAAAACAGCAAGCCAUGUUUCGAGAAAAUAUCCCCAUUAAGAAUGCUGAGCUUUUAUCAAAGAUUCAUCUGACAUUUCGAGCUCAGUAUAUCCUGGAUGUAGUGUUGUCUCGCUCAUCUUCGUGGGUGAAAGGGUUACUGAGUGCUUUUAUAUCUAACAAUAAAAUUCACAUACUGUUGCUAAUUCAAGAGGAUGCGAAGUUUUUAACUGAACUUUUUACCAUGUUGACCGAUAUGAAUACGCUUGAUUCAAAUAGAAGGGACUUACUUUUAUUUCUAAAGGAAUUCUGUCAUUAUUCACAAAGUAUUGAUUGUCUAACCAGAGAAACUUUUUACAAAACACUAACCUCGUUUGAGGUGUUAGCUGCAUUAGAGAUUACAUUGGCCAUGAAUGACCAAAAGGUUAAGACUGCUUCCAUUGAUGUACUUACUUAUAUUGUGGACUUUUCACCAACUGUGAUUAGAGAAUACAUAUUAGACCAAGCAAAUAACACUGUGGAGGACAAAACAUUGUUGAACAUUAUCGUAGAACAGAUGAUCUGUGACAAUGAUUCACAAUUGGAUGGAGCAGUGCUACUGAUGGACAUAUUAAGGAUUCUUUUAGAUCCGGAAAAUAUGUUUUCCUCAGUAAACGAAUCACACAAAACUGAUUUUCUUAAUUUGUUCUACAAACAUAGUGUCCAAAUUUUAAUAGCGCCACUUAUGGAAAGCACAACGCAUGAUGAACCUCAAAGAGAGGACUCUCGAAGUGCGCAACAUUUGGGUUUAAUCUUGGAAUUGCUGUCUUUCUGUGUGAAUCAUCACACAGACUAUAUAAAAAACUUCAUUUUAGACAACGAUUUAUUGCGCCGAGUAUUAGUACUAAUGAAAUCAAAGCACAAAUUCUUAGUUUUAUGUGCUCUCAGGUUUAUGCGAAAGUUGAUUGCUUUGAAAGAUGAAGUUUUUAAUAGGUACAUAAUCGAGGGUAAUCAUUUCGCUCCUGUGGUGGACGCUUUCGUCCAAAACAAAGGCAGAUACAACAUGCUGGAUUCAGCCAUAAUCGAAAUGUUCGAGUUCAUCAAUGUCAAAGACAUUAAAAUUUUGUGUUCACAUGUCGUGGAGACCUACGGAAAGUCAUUCGAUAACAUUUGUUAUGUACGAACUUUCAAUGCGCUGAAACAAGAGAGGAACGUAACCGAAAACAACUCAGCACAGAAGUCAACAAUUAAUAGUAAUGAUGUUUCACGACCCCGUGUAGUAAUACGACGUAUCCAGUCGCAGUUUUUCAAGCGAUUUCAGUAUCGUCCAAGCAACAUCACGAAAAGGGCAAAAUUUCAUGGUGUGUUACUAAAUACCGGACAGAAAACUUACGAGAUAAUUUUAGAAAUUGGCAAUGGACAAAUUACAUUAACGUCGAUAAAUUUGAGAUAUCGGACAAUACAGUUAACGAAAAUAAACAAUGCAAUUCAUACCGAAAACCGAAUCUAUCUUUAUUUUGGGAAUAAUUACAAAUUCGAACUUACCUUUGUAUUGGAAAAACAUCAACUACAACAAGCGUUCACACUACUGGAGCCAAUGAUUCAGGGCAGAUCUGAUCAAAUACAUCCCACACCACCACAUUCGGAAUAAGAAAAUUGCUCCCAUAGACUGUCCUCAGUAAAAAUGUAAGUAACAGACACACGCAAUACUAUUAACCAUCAUAUUCCAAAUAAAUAAAUUAGUACUCUGCGUGAAACAUUUGUUUUCACAAUAGGCAAAUGAAAAUAUGCUGAAAAUCCUGAUCUAAAACGAAGAACAUUAACGGGUUUUAAUUGAUAGUGCAAUGAUUAUGUGUUUGUCCUUGAGUCCGAGAAGUCAUUUGAAGCUGACAUAAUAGUUCCUAAAUAGAUUACCAUUAGUUUUAAGAAUAACUAAAAAACGGGCGAAUGUGUAUAUAAAUUAAACGAACCCACAAUUAAAAGCUACACACCUACAAGAAUGUGUAACUUUUAGUCAGCUUCGUCUAUUUAUUACGCAAAAUGGCAGCCCUAUAUUUUUUAUACAAGUCA